AUAAUAUACAAGUCUUACAAAUGACUCUAAUGAGUACUCGGAUUGACUCUGAAGCCAAAUAAUUAGAGAAGAUUCUUAUCCAGUCCAGAUUGAGCUUCUGUAGUAGUGAUCAUGUCUACUGAUGAUGGCCAAGCAAAGAAACUUAAACUUUAUUCUUUCUGGAGAAGCUCUUGUUCUUUCCGAAUUCGAUUCGCUCUCAACUUGAAAGGUCUCGAAUAUGACCUUAUCACCGUUAAUUUGUAUCAAGGAGAACAUCGGAAAGCAGAGUAUUUGAAAAUCAAUCCAAUUGGUUUUGUUCCUGCAUUGGUUGAUGAUGACAUAGUAGUUGCAGAUAGUUUUGCUAUUGCACUGUAUCUUGAGGAGAAGUAUCCUCAACAUCCAUUGUUACCUGAUGAUCUUCAGAAAAGAGCAAUUAACUAUCAGGUUGCAACCAUUGUUUGCUCGAGCAUUCAACCAUUUCAGAAUCUAGGUGGAAAUAAAUUUAUGGACGACAAGAUUAGCCUAGACGAAAAAAUUGCUUGGAUUAAAGCCCAAAUUGAGAAGGGAUUGUCUGCUCUUGAGAAUCUAUUGCAUGAUCAUGCUGGGAAAUAUGUAACCGGAGAUGAAAUUGCUUUGGGAGAUGUGUUUCUAGCACCUCAAAUCCAUGCAGCUAUCUUGAGGUUCAGUAUAGACAUGACAAAAUAUCCCGUUUUAUCGAGAUGCUACGAUGGAUAUAACGAGUUACCUGCUUUCCUAAAUGCUCUGCCCGAAAACCAGCCAGAUUUUCCUGCCAUGAUAAUGCAUACAAAUGAAGCAGACUUCAUGAAACAGCUGCGAGGAGAAAACUGAGGAUGUUAUACGAGGUGGUGCUAUACUAAACAUGAGAAUAAAGGAUCUAAUGAUAAAUAUGUUUCUUUUUGUUAAGAUUAAAUUAGAUCUAAGAACUUAAUAUUGGUGUUUUAAUAUAUAUGUUGAGAAUU